AUGUGCUUAGGUCAGGUGUUGAGCCAGCUUGUUUUUGGUUCUCAGGCUCAGUACCACCAUGGAACUAUGGAAGUUAGAUUCACAAGUGUGUUUUUCCAGCGACCUUAUGAGUGCCCAGCCGAGGGCUGCUCAAGGUCCUAUACCCGACAGCAGCACUUGAAAAGACAUCUUGAAACAACACAUGUGGGUGAAUCAGGAGAAGAAAAAAUUAAAUGUGAUGAUUGUGAUAAGAUGUUUUCCAAUAAAUAUUCCCUCCGGAAGCAUCACUAUAGGUACCAUGUGCGUACUCCAUUCACAUGCAGUGAAUGUGGACAAACCUUCAAGAAGCAGCAACACCUUAAAACACAUACUUUUGUUCAUACAGGCAUCAAGCCAUAUAAAUGUGAAUUCCCAGGAUGUGAUGUGAGAUGUGAGAACCCUAGUCGCUUGAAACGCCACAGCUUUAUCCAUGAGAAGAGUCGAUAUGCUUGCCCUAUUGAAAAUUGUGGAAAUACAUUUGAUCUGUAUCACAAUCUGCAGAUGCAUCUCUCUAUCAGCCAUAUGAAAGGGACAGCUAAGCUACAAUAA